GCGCAGGCGCAGUAGCCCCUGAUGAUACUUCCGGGAGGACUCCCUGAGACCUUUGUGGCGCUGACUGCGGUACUAGCGUGGAGACUGGGGGGGAUUAGGCGGCUUCGCCCGCGUUUUCUGUUUCCAGAACCCGGGCGGCGCGAUGCGCUAUAACGAAAAGGAGCUGCGGGCGCUUUCCCGGCAGCCAGCAGAAAUGGCGGCGGAGCUGGGCAUGCGGGGCCCCAAGAAAGGCAGCGUAGCCAAGCGGCGGCUGGUGAAGCUGGUGGUCAACUUCCUCUUCUACUUCCGCACGGACGAGGCCGAGCCCCUCGGAGCGUUGCUACUGGAGCGCUGCAGGGUGUCCCAGGAAGAGCCCGGCGGCUUCUCCAUCAGCUUUGUGGAAGACCCAGAGAGGAAGUACCACUUUGAGUGCUGCAGUCAGGAGCAGUGUCAGGCAUGGAUGGAGGCUCUGCGUCGGGCCAGUUAUGAGUAUAUGAGGAAAAGCCUCAUCUUCUACAGGAAUGAGAUCCAGAAGAUGACAGGCAAGGAUCCAUUGGAACAGUUCGGAAUAUCUGAGGAGGCCAGAUUCCAGCUGACUGGCACACCAAGGGAUGGGUGGUCCUGCAUUGGCUCCAGGCUAGAUGCACUAGACUGACCUCCUACCAAGCCCUCAGCCUUGGAUUUCUGGAUGCCUGGGUCUGUGAUGGGAGGUGUUUGGCUUAAAAAUGUCCAAAGCUCAAGGCUGGGUGGGGGUGGGCAGGGGCUAUAGGUUUUAAGAGAAACAGCUUAGCAAGCACCCCUGCCCUGGUGCCUUUGGGCCCACCUGACAGUUUGGCAUUUCUUGUUACAUGCUGCUGCUGCCGGCUCAGGUGCACCCACUGAGAGCACCUGAUUGUGGCAGCUCUUUCCUGCCCCGUACCAGCUGAAUGUAUAGGUAGGUGAAGCUGUGAAUAGCGAGGGGGUCUCCCUCAACCAGCUGUGAACUUGACUCCUGCUGAUGGGGGUGGCCUUGGUCCUCCCAGUUCACUCAACUCUGUUCAAUAAAGGUACCUCUUUUCCAAUUG